CCGGGGGAGGAGGCUGGCGGCAGCAGCGUCACGUGGACCCCACUCCCUUGCUUUCCCCCUCCUCCCUCUGACUCCAUCUCCCCCCUCCCUUCCCUUUGUUGUAGCCGGAGCAGCAGCAGCAGCAAGCGGCAGCAGUAGCAUCAUCAGCGACGGCAGCAGCGCACAAAGGGGCGCGGGGAGCCAGCGCGGUCCCAGCCGGCGUCCAGGGAGCUGGGAGCGGAGAACCGGAGAAGCGGAUUCCAAGAGGGAGGCGGCGGCGCGGGAUGCGGAGGGCCGGCUGGCAGCAAGGCCGGUGGGUCUGCACUCCUCCGGGCGGCGCCCGUUGAUACCUUGCAGGGCCUGCAGCCCCCUCUCGCAAGUCCUCGCCAUGGCGGCCACCGCCCGGCCCCUGGCCUCGCCCGGCUGCAGCGGCGCCGCGAUCCUGGCGCUCGUGGUGGCUUUCUGCGCUCUGGACCCUGCGCGGACAUCCAACCCGCUUUCCCCUGCCGUGCCCGCCACUGAUUGCUCCGGGAAAGGGAAGGCGGGCAGCAACUGUUCAGAAUUAAAUGUAAAGGAAUCGGAUGUGAGAGUAUGUGAUGAAUCAUCAUGUAAAUAUGGGGGUGUUUGUAAAGAAGGAGAUAGUUUGAAAUGUGCAUGCCAGUUUCAGUGUCACACAAAUUAUAUUCCUGUUUGUGGCUCAAAUGGAGACACUUACCAAAAUGAAUGCUUCCUCAGGAGAGCUGCUUGCAAGCAUCAGAAAGAGAUAACAGUGGUCACUAGAGGACCUUGUUACUCAGAUAAUGGCUCUGGAUCAGGAGAAGGGGAGUAUGAAGGAUCUGGAACAGAAGUUAAUAGAAAACAUUCAAAAUGUGGAGUAUGCAAGUAUAGGGCUGAGUGUGAUGAAGAUGCAGAAAAUGUUGGGUGUGUAUGCAACAUAGACUGUAGCGGGUACAGUUUUAACCCUGUUUGCGCAUCUGAUGGAAGUUCCUAUAACAACCCAUGCUUUGUUCGAGAAGCAUCUUGCCUGAGACAAGAACAAAUUGAUAUCAGACAUCUUGGACAUUGCUCAGAAUCUGAUGACAUUAGCUUGUUAGGCAAGAAGGAUGACGGAAUGCAAUAUCGGCCAGAUGUGAAAGAUGCAAGUGAUCAAAGAGAAGACAUCUACAUUGGAAACCAUAUUCCUUGCUCAGAAAGUUUCAAUGGCUAUUGCAUUCAUGGGAAAUGUGAAUUCAUUUAUUCUACACAGAAGGCUUCCUGCCGGUGUGAAUCUGGUUACACAGGACAGCACUGUGAAAAGACAGACUUUAGCAUACUAUAUGUUGUCCCAAGUAGACAAAAACUCACACAUGUCCUCAUUGCUGCAAUAAUUGGAGCAGUCCAGAUCGCCAUUAUUGUGGCAAUUGUUAUGUGCAUAACCCGGAAAUGCCCAAAAAACAACAGAGGACGACGGCAGAAGCAAAAUCUAGGCCACUUUACUUCAGAUACAUCAUCCAGAAUGGUUUAGCGUGAUUUUUAUACCUACAUUGACCAUGUGAUGUACAAUUUUAUUAUCUUUUUUUAAAAGAAUGGAAAUAUUUAUUUCAGAGGCCUUAUUUUUGGACAUUUUUUAGUGUAGCUCUGUUACAUUUUCUUCUGAAAGCAGCUGAAAGCAACGGACUGCUCUAGUAAUUUCUCAUGUCAUGAUUUGGAGAAUACAUUAGUUUAUUUCCUGUAUCUUGUAUCACAUGGUUAUAAUAAUAGACUUGUGCUUUACUCAUGGAAUGUAACAUUUUUGAGAACAGAGACAUUUCACCAGUGGUUGUAGAACAAACAAAAUGGAGCCCAUCAUGUUUCCUAGCAAACAAGGCAUGACCUAAGGGUAAAGAUGUUUACAGCAUACUUUUCUUACAAGGAACUAGAAGACACUGUGUUUCAAUACCGUAGAUAUUUAAAUGUUUUUGAAAGUUAGUAACUGAUUUUUUUAGACACUGCCAAUCGCAUGAAUUGUGAAGAUGUGUACUUGUGUGUAGUUGUAACAUAUAUUUAUAAAACGUACAAACCGGGUUGAAGCACCAACGUCUUCAUAAAUAUUUGACACUUUAUUUUUAAAUUGUGAAAUAAUAAUAAUAAUAAUAUACAUUUCAUAAUCUGUAAGAUUGCCCAGUAAAUCAUAGGGCAUUUGUCCCAGAGCAACAGGUCUUGGUAGACUUGUGUAUUGUUAAAAAAAAAAAGGUUAUGUUUAAUAAUCAAACUCACAUGAUUGGGGUUAAGCCUGUGUUUAUCACUGUUUAAACUGCUUUCAUACUUAUUACCGUUUUCUAAAGAGAAUACCAGUUUUCACAUCAACAAAUACAAUUGUAUAGUCUUUGUGAUUAAAAUGCAAAAAAGAGAAAAAAAAUUAAAUACCAUUAAAGAUUUGUGCUCUUGUCUAGAAUAUUUUCAAGAGCGAAGAACGUGUCUCAUCCAAAUAACGUCUGCUGGUUGUAGUUAUUAUAUUAAUAGGAUGUUAGUACAGUAGUUGUUUGGAAGAUCCUGAUCUAAAAUGUAACUAGGGUGUGUCCAGCUGUUCAACAUGUAGUUUUAGGCUUUCCAAUUCUGCAUGUAGGAUUUAAUAAUUUGUUCAAUAAAAAGGCUUUCAAUAUUUGAACUGGAAAGGCAUGUCAA